UUUUGUUUUGUUAUAAAAUUGGUCUGGUGGUUUGCUACAUUCAGAGAAGUUCGGUUGGAAUAAAAACCGCUAAUCUCAUUCCUUUUCUCUUGAAUUUUACUCCAAUCCAGUAUUACUUUCGAAAUAUUCUAUGGUCUGUUGCUGUACUAAUCAGUUUGACAGUUGUGAUAAUAUAUAUCAAAAAUUUGAGCACAAAAAUAUGUUCAUUGGCAGUAGAUUCUCCUCUCAUUAAUAACUCGUCACUACUAAUGGAAGUAUAUUUUGUUGCUAAGAAGAAAAUACCUGAUUUGGCUGUGAAAAAACUGUUAUUCAAACACUUCUAUCAUCAUCAUCAUCACUUUAUCUGACACUGAGCUGUUUAGUACUUCAUCAUCAUGUUCCUUUUUUUCAAGUAAAAGACUUGGGAACUACUUCUUAUGUAAUAUGUUGUACAUAACAAAAUCUAUACUCGUCUCAUCUUUAAUGAUGAAAACAUGCUCUAUUGCAAUGUAAAUUAUGAAUAUUUCUCAAAGAAUAUAAUAGACUCCUUGGUGUAAUUGAACACAAUGCCAGUUCAAGCACCACAGUGGACUGAAUAUUUGUCCUGUCCUACAUGUUCCAAAGAGUUUGAAUGUAAUGUUCGAUGUCCUGUCAGUCUUUCAUGUGGCCAUACUAUGUGUAGAAACUGUUUACUAAAUCUUCAGCAGAAACAGUGUCCUUUUGAUCAGACCAUCAUUAAAACAGACAUUAAUUUAUUGCCUCAAAACUAUGCCAUUCUUCAACUUGUUGGUGGGAAGAUUCCUGCUGAGCAGCCUUCUCUUGUUCCAUUGGUAUCUGAUGAUGAUCUUAAAUAUUAUGUUGAGUCCAGGAAACAUGUUGAAGAUUUAGCUUUAUGGAUGAAAUUUUCUUCUGUUAGUACUCCACGGAGCAGUCCAUUGAGCAGACCAAUGCAAAAAAAACUUGUCCAACUUAUGAAUUGUCAACUGGCUGAAGAUGAGGGUAGAGCUCGUAGUAUAAGAGCAACUCGAGCACUUGCAGAAAGAGCAGUAGUGGAGUUGAUUUUGCAACAUCAAAACCCUCAGCAGGUAUCAGUUAAUCUAUGGGCUGCUGUUAGAGCAAGAGGUUGCCAAUUCUUAGGUCCAGCCUUGCAGGAAGAAAUAUUGAAGUUGGUAAUGCUUGCUUUAGAAGAUGGUUCAGCUUUGUCAAGAAAAGUUUUGGUUAUGUUUGUGGUACAGCGUUUAUCUUCUCAUUUUCCUCAAUCAUCAAAAACUAGCAUAGGCCAUGUAGUUCAAUUAUUGUACAGAGCUUCAUGCUUUAAGGUAGCUAAACGUGAUGGAGAUUCAUCUCUCAUGCAGUUAAAGGAUGAAUUUCGCACAUAUGAAACUCUAAGACGAGAGCAUGAUUCUCAAAUUGUACAAAUUGCAAGUGAAGCAGGCCUGCGCAUAGCUCCAGAGCAGUGGUCUUCCCUUCUGUAUGGUGAUUUAGUCCACAAGUCUCAUAUGCAGUCCAUUAUUGAUAAGCUUCAAACACCCCAGUCAUUUUCUCUGAGCAUUCAAGAAUUAGUUAUUGCUUUACAGCGUACUGGUGAUCCGGGUAAUUUAUCUGUGUUACGACCACACUGGGAGUUACUUGCUCGUAUUGAUCCAAGCUUAGAUGCACCGGCUCCUAAGUGGGAAGAUUUAAUAAGUGCCCAAGAGGCUACUUGUAUUGCAGUUAAAGGACUUGUUGAUUUUAUUCAGAAUUUUGGUAGCCGCCAAAUGCAAGAAGAUCGAAUCAGCUUGAAUGUGAAGUACAAGACAAGUAUGUGUCGCGAUUUUACUCAGCGUGACGUGUGUCCUCGAGGGGCUAAUUGUACUUUUGCUCAUUCACAAGACGAACUUGAAAAGUACAGAGCAAAAACUAAAAAAAAUCCUUCUAAUAAGCAUUCUGCUGGAAGUACAAAGAAGACAAAUCUUGAAAAUCCAUCUUCAAAGCAGAAGACAAGUGACUCAACAGAUGGCUUAUCAACUGUAAAUGCUACACCAAACAACAUUCCACCAGAAGAUCUACCCAAUUCUGAACUUGAGAAAGAUAGGCAUAAUUUUGAUUUAUUGGAUACCAGAAGGUCUACAAGUGAUCAUUCUAUUUCUGCUGUGCCAAACCCCAAUUCUGUUUUUAACAAAAUUGGAAUCACUCCUGAAUGUUCAAUGUCCAGUAGUAUCUCUUAUGCAGCAUCUAUUAAACCACCUUUUUCAUUAAAUUCACAAAUGCCAUUGUUUCAGCCUGUAGCUUCGAAGCCCACAAGCAUCAUGUUUUCUCAGCCUCAGUAUCAAGUCACAAACAAUAACAACUUAAAUCCUCAGAAUUAUGAAUCUUUGUCUACAGCAGCUCUUAACGUUUCUACAAACAUCCAACGUUUGCCAGCUAACUUGAAUCUCUCAAAUAAUUGCAUGUCUUCCCAACAGUUACAUAACUCUGCAUAUUUAAAUAGCCAUGAGGAUAGGUUUUCAACAAUACCAAAUUUACAGGCAGCUAAUAAUAUGAUGAAUGCUGAUCAUUGUAAAAAAUAUGAUGCAAUGUCAUAUCAAUCAAGUAUGAAAAAAGAGGAUUCAGAGUGUCAAACAUUAUCACUUUUGCAACAGAAGAAAAGAGAAUUAUUAGCCGAAUUGGAUAAGUUCUGCCCACAUGAAGCAGAUGAAGUUCCCUUGUAUUCUCCUUGGACAUCUAGAAGCAUUUUGUCUUGUGAAUCUUCUGUUAACUUUAAAAAAAUUAGUGAUAGAUCUGCAUUUGUUGGUGAAAAUUCUUGCAAUAUAAAAGAAAAAAGUGAUGCUAAUGCAACGAAUCGCUUGAGCAGCAGCCUAUUCUGCCCAUCAGAGAAAGAUGAAUUCAUACCAUUUGAUCCUCCCUUAGCUUCAAAAUAUGGUCCAAUAUCAAGAGGUUCUAAAAGAUCAAUUUGUGGCCAGCAUCCUAUAGGAGUAAAUACUGUUUCUCAGAUGAGUGGAUUAACUAAUUCAACAUCUGUUGUACAUCAUCCUGUACCCUCAGCUUCAUUAAACCCCUCAUACCCUCCUAAAGAUUUUCCAAAUUUUUCUGUUCCACCACCAUUUGUUCCCAAGCAAUAUUUCCCUUUUGCCAACUGCUUUGUGCCAACUGCUGUUGAUUAUGAAGCUUACUCAUACAGUGAUGACUAUAGUCUCAGUUACGAGAGAGGCUUUGGGCAAAAGAGAACCAAGUAUAAUCAUGAGUACUUUGAUGACAGUUUUCAUCAUGUUCAGGCUCAAGAGCUGCUGCCGGCAGAAAAACCUGAUGCUCAUUCUAGCAAAGAAGAACUUUUUGUAAUGGAUGAAGCAAUGCAAGAACUUUCUAAAAGAGCUAUGGAGUAUGCAGCAUUAUCUUCUUACAGACAGUCAUGUAAUUUUACUAGUGAUAUUGUUCCUACACCUGUUGCACCAUGGCCAUCUCAAACAUGGGAAAAUGUAUUCCUUAAAUAUUCUGAGGCUGACUAUGAAACUAAAGUUGGACAAGGAAUAAAUGAUUUGCAGCACUACUGGCUAGAAUCAUUGCUGCGGGACGAAGAGGAUGUAUGGAUGGCAGAAAAUGGUUAACUUCAUGAUUACAGUUGGAAAACUGAUUCCUGUAAAUUAAGAUGAAUGUAUGCCAAAGAAUUUAAUUUAAAAAAAAAAAAAACUUGAUUUAUAUUUUGCGCUCCCAAUGUUUAAAAUUUUUCCAUUAGAGAAAUGUGUUCCUCAAAAAGUAUUAGAAAACCAUUUAAUGUCCCCAGUGAUGUUCCCAUUAAUUUUUUUCAGGGUAUACU